AUGGGAGUUGUACAUCAUAUUGACACUGGAGAUGCUAAGCCAAUUGCUGUCAACCCACAUAGAAUAACUGGAGAGUAUGUGGGGAAAGUUAGCAAUGAGAUAAGGGCAAUGCUGAAGGCAGGGAUUAUAACCACUUCGGAAAGUCCCUGGGCAGCACCCAUAGUGUUAUUAGACAAAUCUGAUGGAGCUAUUAGAUUUUGCCUAGAUUAUAGGAAGCUGAACCAUGUCACUAAAGCGGAUGCAUAUCCAAUGCCGCGUUUAGAUGACCUGAACGAAGCUAUAAGCCAGUGUCAUUACAUGCUGCUAGCUGAAGGAGGCACUACACGACUUGAAGUCAAGAGGUGAUACACUAUCAAGUAGAAAUGGACCCUAAGGACCAGGAGAAAACUACGUUCAGAAGUCCUUUAGGGUUGUUUGAAUUUAAAAUAAUGCCCUUUGGCUUAAAGAAUGCACCAGCAACUUUUCAGCGAUUGGUGGACAAAAUCCUGAAUAGAUUAAGAUACUGGACAGCAGCAUGUCAGCAGGCGUUUGAUGCCUUAAAAAGGGCCUUGACAUCAAAUCCAGUCCUUGUUGCUCCUGAUUAUGAUCGUGAGUUCACCGUCUUCACUGAUGCAUCUAAUGCCGGGAUCAGGGCCGUGCUGUGCCAACAGGGAGAGAAGGACGACCUGCAUCCCAUCACCUUCAUAAGCAAGAAACUACUACCAAGGGAAAGACAUUAUUCGACCAUCGAGAAGGAAUGCCUUGCCAUUGUAUGGGCAUUACAGAAGCUGAAGCCGUACAUCUGGGGCCGAACUUUUACUUUAUGUACUGACCAUUCACCCUUGUUGUGGUUGAGGACAAUGAAGACCAACAGUAAGUUGUUGAGGUGGGCCCUAUCACUGCAAGACUUUAAUUUUACGAUUAAAAAUGUGAAAGGGACCCUGAAUACCGUCACAGAUGCUUUGUCCAGAAGACCUGCAGUUGAAAGUUAA